AUGCCAAAGCCUGAAACCAUCUCAUUCAUUCAUGUGGACCCCGUCUCUCCACCCGCUCCCUAUCUGGGCGGCAAGCGCAUGCUCUCCCGCCGGAUCAUCGAGAUCAUCAACGCCACGCCGCAUGACGGCUAUGGCGAGGCAUUUGUCGGCAUGGGCGGCGUGUUCUUUCGCCGCAACCGGCAGCCCAAGACCGAGGUGGUCAACGAUAUCUCCGGCGAAGUAGCCAAUCUCUUCCGCAUCCUCCAGCGGCACUAUCCGCAGUUCAUGGAGGUGAUGAAAUUCCAGCUCACGUCCCGCCGCGAAUUUGAGCGCCUGUCGGCAACCGACCCGGCCACGUUGACCGAUCUAGAACGGGCGGCUCGCUUCCUCUAUCUGCAGCGGACCGCGUUCGGGGCCAAGGUGGCCAGCAGGAACUUCGCCUUUGAUCGGCGCGGCGGCGCGCGCUUUAACCUGACCCGGCUCGCUCCGCUUCUCGAAGAUGUUCACGAAAGGCUGGCCGGUGUGCUCAUCGAGUGCCUGGACUGGCAAAGGUUUCUCGACAAGCAUGAUCGCGAGGGGAUGUUGACCUAUCUCGAUCCGCCGUAUUUCGGGAACGAAGAGGACUACGGCAAGGGCCUGUUCGGGCGGGAGGACUUCGCGACCAUGGCCCAGCGGCUGGCAAAGCUGAAGGGCUCUUUCAUCCUGUCGAUCAACGACAAACCGGAAAUCCGGGAGAUGUUUUCCGGCUUCACCAUCGAGGCCGUCGAUUGCACCUACACGGUCAACGGAAAGAAGCCGGGGAAGUUCGGCGAACUGAUCAUCUCGGGGAGGAACCUUUGA